CCCACCAGGGUCCAGAUCAUAUACGAGCCGAGAAUCUUAUCACCGGCCCAAAAGGAAGUCACGAAUUUGUGAGCCGACCUAGAAGAGGAGGAAGAGGAAGAGAAGAGCGCAACGCAAGCAGAGGCAAAGAAUGGCGAUGGCGAGGAGGAGGGCCCUCGCGCUCGUGUCCCAGCUCCUCCAGAGGCGGGUUCUCCCCGCGCCGCGCUUCCUCUCGUCGGCGGCCGGCGGCGCUCUAGACCGCCUCAAUUCGCCGCCCUUCGCACGCCCGGCCGCGCCCAGGAAUCCCGCUCCCCCUUCCCCAUGGGAUCGGCUCGGAGGGCAGAAGAGGACCAUGUUCAUCCAGACGCAGUCGACCCCCAACCCGCAGUCGCUCAUGUUCCAUCCUGGAAAGCCGGUUAUGGAAGUUGGGAGCUCUGAUUUCCCUAAUGCUCGGACUGCGAUGACAUCACCUUUGGCGAAGGCGCUGUUUGCGAUCGAAGGAGUUACAAGAGUAUUCUUUGGAUCUGAUUUUGUAACUGUGACAAAAUCUGAUGAGACUUCAUGGGACUAUCUUAAGCCUGAGGUCUUUGCUGCGAUAAUGGAUUUCUACUCAUCUGGACAGCCACUUUUCCUGGACUCAAAUACCGCAGCUGCUAUGGACACAGCAAUUCAUGAGGAUGAUUCAGAAAUAGUUGCUAUGAUAAAAGAACUGUUGGAGACCCGUAUUCGUCCGGCUGUUCAAGAUGAUGGUGGUGACAUUGAAUACCGAGGAUUUGAGCCAGAAACAGGAAUAGUGAAGCUAAAAAUGCAAGGUGCCUGCAGUGGCUGCCCGAGUUCAUCAGUCACGUUGAAAUCUGGCAUAGAGAACAUGCUCAUGCACUAUGUGCCCGAGGUGAAAGGAGUGGAGCAGGAGUUUGAUGGUGAUGAGGAAGCUGAACUGGCUGGCCAGAUGGAAUGAGUUUUUACAGUUAAAUCGCAACCCUUGUCACAUAUGCUUGUUCAGGGAAACCAUGCUAUGCAUGAAAAGUCCUGGAGAAUUACCACUCCCAAAACCAUAGGUUACCACUAUAUUUUGUGAGAUAAACCAGGAAUAGCCUGAAGGUUUUUGUGAUGAUUAGAUGGUUGUAAUUUUGAUCAAAUGUGUGCAAGAAGCAGACUACCGCACAUGGUAGAGAGGCAGCAGUAGCCUGAACCAACAUCAACUGCAGUAGGGCUGAAUAAAGUGAUAGUUGGAUUGAUCUUUCCUUUUGUCCAACUCUGUAUAUGCUGAGCAUGUCUAACUAAUACCAAAGGUUAUCACUUUGGUAUGGCAGGUGUAAUUUCAUGGUGGUUAUUUC